AUGACUAACAUAGAUGAAGACACGGUGAAUUACAGGCGAAAGAAGUUCAAUAAAGAGAAAUACGAUACAGUGAAACUUUUACCAGUGGUAAAGUUCGUUAGGAGACGAAGGUUACAGAUAGUUAGGUCACACGAAGAGAGGUUAGAUCAGUUAGAUCUGCAAUGGAAUGGAAACCACAAGGAAGAAAACCUAGGAAGACCUAUGAAACGUUGGAUUGAUACAGUGAAUGAAGAUUUAGAAGUCCGGACGUUGGAAACCAAAGAGAGGCAAAGUGUAGUUAUAGCGGCAAAAAUGUGUAGGGAGUGUAUAACCAGUAGAAAUAGAGUAGAUAAAAGUUUAUGUGUGUACCAAAACUAUUGGCUGAAUACAAUAAAUAAAAUAGAUAGCUACAAAAAUAACACGAAAAAGUCUAAAGUUCUAGGACGAUCAGUCGUAGGUAUGGAAAUCGAAAUAUGA